AUGGACUCAGACGAUGACUUCAUGACGGAUGGAUCGAGCGGACAGGAGUUUCUUGAUACACAGGACAGCGACAACGAGAGCUUAGGCGGCGAUUUCGAAGAAGAACUCGGAGGCUCCUUCAACUACGAGAAAGAUAUCAAGCCUGUACGGCAGCCGUACGAGACCGAUUCUACCGCCCUCAGUCCAAACGAUAUCACACGGGAACAGAAUGUGCAGAUUAAUGAAGUCUCCUCUAUACUCGGCUUGCCUGCGGAAAGCGCUGCUAUCCUGCUUCGGUUCAGUAGAUGGAAUAGAGAGAAGCUGAUAGAGUCAUACAUGGACCACCCCGAGAAGACUCUUGAAGACGCAGGCCUUGGACCGACUUUCUCGUCGAACCCAAAGACUGAAGUUAUGCCUGGUUUCAUGUGUGAUAUCUGCUGUGAAGACGGACCGGAUCUUCAGACGUAUGCAAUGCGCUGCGGACAUAGGUUCUGCGUGGACUGCUAUAGCCACUACCUGGGGCAGAAGAUUAAAGAAGAAGGCGAAGCUGCGAGAAUAGAAUGCCCCCAGGAUCAGUGUCAUCGGAUUAUUGAUUCGAAGUCACUCGAUUUACUUGUCGGCGAGGAUGUGAGAGAUCGGUACCGAACUCUCCUGAUACGUACAUAUGUUGAUGAUAUGCCAAACCUGAAAUGGUGCCCAGCUCCUAACUGCGAAUUCGCCGUUCGGUGUGGUGUCAAGGAGCGAGAUCUGGAUCGUAUCGUCCCGACGGUACACUGUGCUUGCUCGUUCGCCUUCUGCUUUGGAUGUGACGUCGGCAACCACCAGCCAUGCCCCUGUGCAUUAGUCAAAAAAUGGGUUAAAAAGUGCAAGGAUGAUUCGGAAACGGCAAACUGGAUCUCGGCCAACACUAAAGAAUGCCCAAAAUGCCAUUCUACGAUCGAAAAGAACGGAGGCUGCAACCACAUGACCUGUAGAAAAUGCAAGCAUGAAUUCUGCUGGAUGUGUCUCGGCCCCUGGUCCGAGCAUGGGACUAGCUGGUACAACUGCAACAGAUUUGAAGAAAAGGGCUCCUCUGAUGCACGGGAUACACAGACCCGCUCUCGACAGUCGCUUGAGCGGUAUCUUCACUACUACAACCGCUUUGCUAACCAUGAACAAUCAGCCAAGCUUGACCGAGACCUGUUCUUAAAGACAGAGAAGAUGAUGGUAAAUCUCCAGUCUCAAUCCGGCCUAUCUUGGAUCGAAGUACAGUUUCUUGACACCGCGUCACGUACACUCCAGGAGUGUCGGCAGACGCUUAAGUGGACAUAUGCCUUUGCCUUCUACCUUGCGCGCAACAACUUGACUGAAAUCUUUGAGGAUAAUCAGCGGGACCUUGAGAUGGCCGUCGAGAACCUGAGCGAAAUGUUCGAGAAGCCCAUCUCCGAACUAGCAGGGUUGAAAGUUGAUAUUCUCGACAAGACUUCUUAUUGCAAUAAGCGACGAGUUAUCCUUCUUUCCGAUACAGCUGAAAAUCUAAAAGCCGGUAUGUUUACCUCCACCUUUACGAUACUUCCAAAGAUUCUGACCCCUUAA